AUGAGGAAUCUCUUCGUGCUGUUCGCCCUCGUGGCAACCGCCCUUUCCGCCGUCGUCCAGGUGCCGCUCGUCAAGAUCGAGCCCUACCGAAACCGUCUGAUCCGUGAGGGAAGAUAUGUGGAGUACAGAAAAGAGCGCGAGGUCCGUCGGUUCUUGUUCGACAAGCAGCACGUGGACGCUUCCGUCGGACAGUACGUUAAUGAUUACGAAGACGAGGCGUACGUCGGAAAUAUCACCGUGGGUACUCCGCAGCAGCAGUUCAAGGUGAUCCUCGACACUGGAUCUUCGAACCUCUGGAUCCCGGAUAUCACCUGUGGAACAAAGCCAGAGAACUGCUCCGCUGUUGCCACCUGCCACGGAAGUGAGCUACCUUCCAAAUGAUCAGUGAUACUCAAAAGCUCUUUUCAGUUCUGUGCCAGUUCGAGUGCGACGACCAAGCGUGCUGCGGAGCCGGACCCAACUACACCGACUCGUGUCUCUAUCAGGCCAAGUUCGACGCCUCCAAGUCGUCCACCUACCAGACGAACGGAAGAAACUUCAUCAUCGAGUACGGAACCGGAUCGGCGAGAGGAUUCCUCGGACAGGACACCAUCACUUUCGGAGGAAUCGGAGAGCCGCAACUCGCCGUGCCGAACACCGUCUUCGGACAAGCCACGUCGCUCGCCGCGUUCUUCGAGGGCCAGCCACUCGACGGAAUCCUCGGACUCGCGUUCCAGUCGAUCGCCGUCGACCAGGUAACCCCACCGUUCAUCAACGCCAUCAAUCAGGGACUCGUCGACCUGCCGCUCUUCACCGUUUUCCUCGAGCACGAGGGAGAUCAGAACGGAGUGCAGGGAGGAGUUUACACGUACGGAGGAAUCGACACGACCAACUGCGGACCGGUCAUCGCCUAUCAGCCACUCUCCUCGGCCACCUACUACCAGUUCAAGAUGAGCGCCAUCGGAACCGGCAGCUACCACUCCUCCAAGGGAUGGCAGGUCAUUUCCGACACCGGAACUUCGCUCAUCGGAGGACCGAAGGCGUACGUGUCGGCUAUCGCCAAUGCCGUCGGAGCCACGUGGGUCGAUGACUACGGAGUGUACACUCUUCCGUGCUCGGCCACCAUCGGAACUGUCGACAUCACGAUCGGCAGCCAGGUGUACAACAUCGACUCGUCGAACACGAUCAUCCCGCUCGGAGACGGCAGCGACAACUGCAUCUUCGCCAUCUUCCCGUUCAGCAGCGGAGGCUUCGGACCGUCCUGGAUCCUCGGAGAUCCGUUCAUCCGUCAGUACUGCAACGUAAGUCGCCUUUCCCAAAUUCUAUCUAAAACUAUUGAUUUGUCUUCAGAUCUACGACGUCGGAAACCAGCGUGUCGGAUUCGCCAAGUCUCUUCAGUCCAAGUGA